UGCACGCGCAUUCAUACUUAUUUAAGAAAAUGAAUAUGAAAAUAAAACGUCUUAAACUUUUCAAUCUGAAAGACCCAAUACAAACAAACAAACUGGGGAAUCUAUACUUCAUUAUACCAUCAGCAUGCAUUGUCCUCCACUACUCUACUGUUUGAGCAACAAUAACGCUAUGCUGUGAUGCUUAUGAUGGUGUAAUGAUACACUUGUCCAGUUCAUUAAAAUACUCUUUAGCAUAAUAACAGGAAGUGACACGAUACUACAACAGAUAAACCGUACGACACUGACCAAUCAGAUGAAACUAAAUGACGUAGGAUUUAGAAUCCGAAUCCGAAUCAGUGACGCAGUCAAACAGUGAGAGAGUAAACGUCAGUCUACUAAGAUACACAGAGAGAAUGGACGCGUAUUUCAACGCAGAGAAAAUGAGAUCUCCGAUUCAUGACCAGAUCUCAGAGAUACAGAGAAAAAUCCAGCUGUUGGAGAGAGACAGGAGCUUGCAGUAUGAGAGUUCAAAGUCUUUAAUAGAGAAGAAUAGAGAGAAGAUCCUGCAGCUCAGACGGGAGAAUAAACUCAUACACAGGAAACUGGCCAAGGCACUCGCUGCAGAUGAGCAGGUCAUCAGGGAGGCUUUUCAAGCCCACAGAUCAGAGAUGGGUGCCUACAGGAAGAUGUCCGGGAGGGCUGCAGUGGAGGUUUUGGAUCAGAAAGUGUGUGAUAAAGUGAAAAAGCUGAACGCAAUGAAACACAUGACGAACACACAGCGCCACCGCCUGGAAGAACUGAACGCCGAGUACAAAAGUGUGAUAGCAACCAGUCCUGGCCUGCUGACUGAUGGGGUCACCAUGAAUAAAGUGGACUUCGCUGAUGAGCAAUCCCAAAAGAACCUGCGCAUGUUGGAGACCCAGCUAGAGAAAGCACAACUGAAAUGUCAGGAGACCAAACACAUCAUAAGGAGCUACCAAAACCUAAAGGAGCACGUGCAGGAGGAGAAUCAGACGUUCCAGUCUCAGAUGGAUGACUUGGAGUGUGAGGUUAAUCAACAGAAACAGGAGCUCAGAUACCUGCAGGAAAUGUACAAAAACGUACAUGAGGCCAAACGUCAAGCCAAGGAGGAGCUGCAGAGUCAGAAGUUGAUUAUGUGCGAUGAGAAGAGAAAGCAAGAGAUUGUCCUGAACAGCUACAAAAAAUACAUAGAGGAACAAAAAGCACAAAGUGACAGGGCAGAACGCAGAGCACAGAUGAUUGCUCUGAACACAGGUAAGCUGAGCAGUGAAGCCCAGCGCUGUGGACCAGUAGAGGGAGAGGAGAAUAAAACCUUCUCCAGCAUGAAGGAGGCUUUCAAUCGCAUCAAAGGAGCUAUGGGAGUCACUGACACACAGAAGUUGGUGGACAGGUUUGGUUCUCAGUGCAACACUCUCGCACUCCUGGAAAAGAUGAAGUUGCAGAAUGAGCAUGAACUUCAGCAACUGAAGGAGGAGAGAGACGCAAUACACACUCAGUACCAGGACCUGAAAUACUCAGCUGGAGAUACCGAACUGAUACCUGACCUAACCGAUGGAAGGAUGGUAUUAUCUCAGCUAGAGAAGGAACAACAGAAACUCACACACACAAUGAAGUGUGUGGAAAUCCUUGUGGAACUUCUGUGUUACAGGCUAAAGCACAUCACACUGCAGGAUGCUACUCUGCAGCGAGAGUGUGUGUCUCCUGUGUGUGUGUUAAAUCUGUUUCAGGUGGCGAAGCUGAAACUGAUGCAGCUGCAGGACGAACUACAGGGACAUGAUAUACCCGCAGUGAUGAAGGAGAUAGAGGAGCUCCGUGCCAGCACUGAGAGGAACCGUUCUGACUCUAGCACCAGCAGCACACUCCUAGAUAAUCAGAUAGCCGACCUGUACAAAGAAGAGUACGACGGUGAGGAUGAUGAUGAUGAUGAUGAAGUCGUCACUCGGAUGUCCCUUAAACAGCAGUCGCAGUUCAUCAUCGACUCAAGGAAGAACAAUAAACAUGAAUAAA